AUGCCGAUAGACGUACCGAUGUUAUCAGAGUACAACUUCAACAUCAAUACAUCAGACUUUGUCUCGGCUAUCGCGAGUAUCACAGAAGCCAGGUGGCCAAGGCCGUUGAGAUUCGAUCCAGCUCAAAGGGAUCCGAACAUGAUAUGUGAGUAUCAUGAGACUCAUGGUCAUAGAACUGAGGACUGUCGCCAAUUAAGGGAAGAGGUGGCUCGAUUGUUGAAAAACGGUCACCUUCAAGAAUUCCUGAGUGAGCGAGCCAAAAGCCACUAUAAAGAAAGGAAAAAUCACAAACAGGCCGAGCCCGUGAAACCACAGCAUGUGAUCAAUAUGAUAAUCGGAGGAACGGAUACGCCACGAGGGCCGAUGAUGAAAAGAACAAAGGUUUUGAUUAUACGAGAAAAAUGGACCAGGGAUUACAUGCCCGAAGGGAUUAUUUCCUUCAGCGACGAGGAUGCAGAAGGCACAAUGAUGCGUUGCCUGGUAGCUCGGGUGCUCAGCGGAUUCAAUGUGGCAAGCGAAACUACAAAGGGAGAAAUUUCUUUGCCGGUCAACAUUGACGGGACCAUUCAGCAAACCGUGUUCUAUGUCAUCGAGGGGGAGAUGAAGUAUGCUUUACUCGGCAGACCAUGGAUUCAUAGCAUGAGGGCGGUGCCGUCGACAUUACAUCAGAUGUUGAAGUUCCCAACUCCGGAAGGUAUAAAAACUGUCCGUGGUGAACAGCCUGCAACGAGGGAAAUGUUCGCAGUCGAGGAAGCCCACUCAUUUUGA